AAGGAUAAGGCCGGCGUCCUCUGGUCUCGGUGGAUGCAUCUCUGGUCUCAAUGCUGACCUUGGAUGUGUCUGUCUUCUUGGUGAAUUCCCCGGUGGUCUGGACAGAGGAAUCUCUGAGUCCAUUGUCGAUCACAACCACGGGCCCACUCCAAGGAUAAGGCCGGCGUCCUCUGGUCUCGGUGGAUGCAUCUCUAGUCUCAAUGCUGACCUUGGAUGUGUCUGUCUUCUUGGUGAAGUCCCAGCUGGUCUGGACAGAGGAAUCUCUGAGUCCAUUGUCGAUCACAACCACGGGCCCACUCCAAGGAUAAGGCCGGCGUCCUCUGGUCUCGGUGGAUGCAUCUCUGGUCUCAAUGCUGACCUUGGAUGUGUCCUGUCUUCUUGGUGAAUUCCCCGGUGGUCUGGACAGAGGAAUCUCUGAGUCCAUUGUCGAUCACAACCACGGGCCCACUCCAAGGAUAAGGCCGGCGUCCUCUGGUCUCUGUGGAUGCAUCUCUAGUCUCAAUGCUGACCUUGGAUGUGUCUGUCUUCUUGGUGAAGUCCCCAGUGGUCUGGACAGAGGAAUCUCUGAGUCCAUUGUCGAUCACAACCACGGGCCCACUCCAAGGAUAAGGCCGGCGUCCUCUGGUCUCUGUGGAUGCAUCUCUAGUCUCAAUGCUGACCUUGGAUGUGUCUGUCUUCUUGGUGAAGUCCCCAGUGGUCUGGUCAGAGGAAUCUCUGAGUCCAUUGUCGAUCACAACCACGGGCCUACUCCAAGGAUAAGGCCGGCGUCCUCUGGUCUCGGUGGAUGCAUCUCUAGUCUCAAUGCUGACCUUGGAUGUGUCCGCCGUCUUCUUUGUGAAGUCCCCGCUGGUCUGGACAGAGGAAUCUCUGAGUCCAUUGUCGAUCACAACCACGGGCCCACUCCAAGGAUAAGGCCGGCCGCCUCUGGUCUCGGUGGAUGCAUCUCUGGUCUCAAUGCUGACCUUGGAUGUGUCUGUCUUCUUGGUGAAGUCCCCAGUGGUUUGGACAGAGGAAUCUCUGAGUCCAUUGUCGAUCACAACCACGGGCCCACUCCAAGGAUGAGGUCGGCGUCCUCUGGUCUCGGUGGAUGCAUCUGUGGUCUCCAUGCAGGCCCUUAUGAUAUAGGUCUCAUGUCUGAUCUUUCGGAAUCUGGGUCGUCUUACUAUUUUCACGUUCUUGAUAAUUGCUGCAUAUUUUGUUUUCAUCACUGCCCUCUGUUGAUGUUUUAUGAUCCACAUGUGGCAGAUGAUGAGAAUAACAUGAAUAGCAGACAUGUCUAUGGAUAUUUUAUGGACAAUGGUCCACAAUAAAUGUGCAGUUUUCAUAAUCCCGUUAUAUGCCAUUGCAUGCCCAACACCAUUCCAUAUCUUUUUGAACAACUCAAACACUGCAGUUGCAUCUUUGAUGGAGGCCUCGCUCAUAGCAAUUAUCGCAGAACUGGCCAUAUGGCCAAAGGUUUGCAGCCAAUCCAGGUACUGACUGUUGAAAAGUAUGAGAAAUAUGUAAAAAAUCAAACCAAACGUUGCCAUUUUUUCAAAUUCUUUACACAAGCUCCAAUAUUAAAUCGGUCUGGUGCAAGAUGCUUUGUUUCCUGUGACGAGUCGACACUGCUGACAGUUUGAGAGUGCUUCAGCUUAUAUAGCCUGAGGGCCGGUGUGACGUCAUUGUGACGUCACAAUGAUGGCACAGUAACGUCUGUGACAUAACUGUUAUGUCAUUGUCACGUCACGUGAUGUGAUGUCACAUUGCUGGUGCGCUCUAACAUUAUUUCAAUGCAAUUACAAUUGACUGUAUACCAUUAAAACUGAUAAUUUGAUGUUAUAAUAUAGUACAAUAACAGGUGUACAUUUUAUGUUGAUUAUUAUCACGUAAAAUGUUGAGUAUUACUUGUGGGAAUUUCGGCAAACUUGUCCGUAACUGUUUAAAUUGACUUACUCUUGUUAAAACUGUCAUGAUCCUUUUUAUAAUAUCUCAAAAAAAUUUACAGGUUGAAAUUGUGAAUUCGCUUAUAAAAAAAUGUUUCCACAUGAUCAGCAUGCCACCAUCAGAGACAACCACGUUGUUUCAGUGAGGUUACAAUAAAAAAAAGCCUUGGCAAAUCGCUUGACAAUCUAUAAUACGUUGACUUUAGGCAUAAUUUAAACUUGAUGUGGAUCCAUCUUCUUUGGUUCUUUCGGUAAAGUCACGUAGAAUGAGAAUAAAAUAAUAAAUUGAUAAAAUAAAAUAACACAAUAAUAUUCUCACGACAUUUCGGCCACAACACAAGCGGCCUUCAUC